ACGGCUGACAGAAUGAAGGUUUUAGGGUUAACUAGCUUAACGUUAGAUGUGUAAUUUACAACAACAUGUAACUUUCAUUCAAACCUUUAUUUAACCAAAAAAAAAAAAACUUCUUGAGAUUAAAAAUCUCUUUUACAAGAGUGUCCGCGACACGUUAACGUAACGUUUUACUAAAUGAUGGACGUGUUAAAACUUCCCACCGUAGAGACGUGAUUAGCAGCUAAUGUUAGCUUCGGCAGCUAACCGACGCUAUAAGCUACAUCCUUCCUUCUGCUUCUGUAACAUCAGCUUUUAAGUUACGGCGUCAAUUUCACCGUCUCUGAGUUUAAACAGGCGACUUAUUUAGUUAUUUCGUCGGUGUGAUUUGUAACUGCGUCAGGUUGGAGGCUAGCUGGCUGUUGAUGGCUGUCAGCUGACGGUCAUGUGAUGAUGCUAACAUGAAGUGCAGCCGUGAAUCAUUUAUUCUAUUUAUAAUGUUUUGUCAAAAAGAAAACCCAGUGGACUUAAAAUCUAAUACAAUGCUUCCAAUAUCCUUGCUUAUUUAACUAUUUGGUGUCUGUAGAUGAUGAUGAUAAAAUCAGAUUAAACUAGACCAGUACUGUGUUGAACUGGAACCAAAGACACUUAUCAUACAAAAACAGUCUGCAUUAUCAUAUCUAAUCCCUCAUUUUUUAACAUUUCAAGUUUCAAAUUUGUUGAGCAAAUAUCUCCUUUCCUGCCGCUCAGGUUGACUGUGAAUGAAAUGUAAUCUGCGUUCAAUAAAGCAGUUGUCAUACUCUGCAAAUAAUAUUAAACUGUCUCUAGACCUGCUGUAUAUAUAUUUUGUGAUGAAUUGGCAAUAUAUAGAUUAAACUGCAAUAACACGUGCAGAAUCAGACACCUGUGAUUGCUCGAUUAGCUCGCAGGUAAGAUGGAGCACUGGUGUAACUGGGUGUUACUUAUUGCUCAGGUGAGUUCGAAUCCAGCUUGACGCGAUUUUGUGAAAAGUCUUGUUUUCUUUUAUUUCUUUUUCCCGCAUGUGGCUAUAUAAUGUAGUGCUCACUCGUACAAUCAUGAUCGCCGCAGUAGAUUAAAGAUGCGACUUGAAACUCGCCAGGAACAUGUUUGUGACCGUGUGAUGAAUCAGGGGAUGGAGGCAGCUGCUGCACACAACACGCAGACGCGUACGGCAACCCGCUUCAAGAGCUUUGGAGACAAAUCAAGAGACCCCAAAACCAAGAGGCGACCCAGGUUUGAAGAAAGCCUUACUUAUUUCAGCGCUGGACUGGAAAUCCUAAGCAGGUAUGAGGAGAGUUGGUUUCUGCUCCAUAAAAGAACUAAAGACUGUGCUGAAGCUGCAGAGGCAGCAGACGGGGAAAUAGUGAUGCUCUCAGCACACUGGGAGAGGAGAAGAACCGUUCUGACAGAACUACAGGAACAACUGCAAAGCUUGCCGGCCUUUAUCAGUGAGCUUGAUGCCAUCACUGCUAACAUAGCUCAGUUGGAAGGCGAGUUUGAGGAGAUGGAGUGCAGACUGGCCUACCUGGAGACUCUGUGUUGUCAGUGUGAGCAGCAGACAUUCAAACAGCAUCAUAUCAACCAACUCGAAGUCUAUAAGAAAAAAAAGAGGAGGGAAGUGGAGGCGCUGAAAGUGGAACUCAAUUCUGAGCAUGCUCAGAAAAUGGCAGAGUUGGAGCAGGCCAUGCAACAGAAACUGAGAGAACGACAGAAGGUCUAUGAAGAAGCUUUUAACCAAGAUGUGAAGCAAUACUUGUCCACUGGAUACCUGCAGCACAGAGAGCUAACAGGAGCUGAUCCGUGUGUUCUCGAUCAGAUGACAAUAACUAGCAAAUCAGACAUGAAGGCUUUGGAUGACUUUCUCAACUCCACUGGUGAUGACAGCGAUACUGGAUCAUCGCUGACCUCAGGUCCAGACCUCAAGUCUUACUCUUCAGAAUCGUUGAGAAGCCAAAUGAACCAAGCCCCUCCCACAGACAACCAACGGUCCAACCAGGACGAGCAAGAAGAAGAAGUGGCCAGUGAGGAGAGCGACGAUCCCCUGGUGCAGUCAGAUGAGGAGGACGUCCAACCCGAUAUGUCAUUGGUUGGCCUGCAGGACGUUGGCACAAGGAGGGGUUCUGAUGAGUGUGACCCAGCGGGGGACCUGCCCUCUGGAUAACCUGCCAACCAGGCCCCUGAACCUCCUUGAAUACUGGCCAAACAAAAAGUACUGUUCUCCCUCAAAAACACACCACUCUGCUGCGACUUGACACAGCGUCUAUCUCCACCAACAUGAGCUUCACGAGGUCAAAUCUGAUAUGAAAUCAUGCCUUUAACACAAAUGCUGAACUUACUUAUGAUCGGAGUCAGUAAUGCUAACUAACUGUUUGAUUCACUAUUUAAGCUUUGCUUUGUCACCCUGCAGGUUUUCUAUCAAUGAUCGUGGACUAAUUUUGGUUAGUGACGUAUCAUUUUGUAUAAAGCAUCUUAGUCUAGGGGGAGUUUGACUGUUGCCACAGUGGCUUAUAUCCAGCUUACAUCUGGCUGUUUAACACCACUGCAUUCAUAAGCUGUCUGUAAUAAAUUAUGUAUAUAGGAAGUUUCCUUAUUUAACAGUUACAGUUCAAGAGUUCGCUGUAUUUCCCUUUGUGCUUAUAUGAAAAAAACAGUGCAGCAAUAAUGAUGUCUGGAAAACAGCUGUACAGUCCAGCCUACAUAAGAAAUAAGAAAAGAUCUCAAGUGUCAAUCGAUAAAUUUUAAAUGAUAACGCUGGUGAUAUUCUAUAUUUUUGUUACUGUAAACAUAUCCCAUGAAAAACAACAAUGAAUUAGGUAAGUCUCGUCUGUUUAUCCAAAGUAUCGUAGCUUAUUCCUCUGCUCAUCACCUCACAAAACAGCUGUGUCAAAAACAAAAUUCAACGCGCUGAAUUGUGGCUGAUAACGUCUGAAGGCUUAUCAGACAGAAUACUAUGAGACAGGAAAACCCGUUCAUGUUACAAUCUAUCACAGACUGGGGAGACAAACGCAUUGUGUUGUUUUUUCAUGGGAUUUGUUGCAGUAAGAAAACACCCGACUGAUCGUUUAGCAUGUCUUCUACACCUGUAUUGUAUUUUACUUGAACUGCACAAAGGUUUUGUCUGACAGUUGGGUUUGAGGUCUUUUUGUCUCCUUACCCAUUUAAUAAAAAUAUCAAUAUCUGCA